AUGGAGGGAAUUCAAGUUAUAACACAGGACUAUGUGAAUGUUAAUAUUACAAAGUCUGACAGUGAAGAUGCAGCCCCUAUUGAAAGACGAUUCAAGAAAGAAAUAACUGUGCUAGACUUUAAGACAAAACUGGAGCUGGUAACUGGAGGAUCUGCUAGUACAAUGAAAUUGAAAGUGUAUGACAACAAAAAUAAUUUCAUUUGUGACAUUGACAAUGAUAAUGCCCUUCUAGGGUCAUACCCCAUUGAUGAUGGUACACGGAUACAUGUCAUAGACAACUUUUCUUUAAUGAAAGACUUUUCCAGCACUGAUAGUGUUGAAAGAUUCCAAUUAUCUGAAGAGGAGUAUGAGAAAAAAGGAGAUACCCUCCGGUCGUUUUUACAACGCAACAAGUUGGGUAAAUACAAUGAAGAGGAGAUGACAAAGCUCAAGGAACAACAGCAAAAGGAGCUUGAAAUGGAAGCUGAGUUGGCCACUGGUGUAUUAGUUGGGGCGAGAUGUGAGGUGCGAGCGCCUAAGCAGCCCCCACGCCGCGCCACUGUGCGCUACAAUGGGCCACUGGAGGGUACUCGUGGCCUCUGGAUAGGGGUGCAGUAUGAUGAGCCACUCGGCAAGAACGACGGCGAAGUUAAUGGCAAACGGUACUUUACUUGCCCUCCGAACUACGGUGGUUUUGUGAAACCGAUGUAUGUCACCGUGGGCGACUUCCCCGUGGAGGACUACGACUUGGAUGAAAUU